UCCAACGGGCCUGUAAAGAAGUCUAUGCGAGAAAAGGCUGUGGAGAGGAGGAAUGUUAAUAAAGAGCAUAAUAGUAACUUCAAAGCGGGAUAUAUUCCCAUUGAUGAAGAUCGUCUCCAUAAAACAGGACUGAGAGGGAGAAAGGGCAAUUUAGCCAUCUGUGUGAUUAUCCUCUUAUUUAUUCUGGCUGUCAUCAAUUUAAUUAUAACGCUUGUCAUCUGGGCUGUGAUUCGCAUUGGCCCAAAUGGUUGCGACAGCAUGGAGUUUCACGAAAGUGGUCUGCUUCGAUUUAAGCAAGUAUCUGACAUGGGAAUCAUACAUCCUCUCUAUAAGAGCACAGUAGGUGGGAGACGAAAUGAAAAUCUGGUCAUCACUGGCAACAACCAGCCUAUUGUUUUUCAGCAAGGAACAACAAAGCUCAGUGUAGAAAAGAACAAAACUUCUAUUACAAGUGACAUUGGAAUGCAGUUUUUUGACCCAAGGACUCAAAAUAUCUUGUUCAGCACAGACUAUGAAACUCAUGAGUUUCAUUUGCCAAAUAGAGUGAAAAGUUUGAAUGUUCAGAAAGCAUCUACUGAAAGGAUUACCAGCAAUGCUACUAGUGACCUAAAUAUAAAAGUUGAUGGGCGUGCUAUCGUGCGUGGAAAUGAAGGCGUAUUCAUUAUGGGCAAAACCAUUGAAUUUCACAUGGGCGGUAAUAUGGAGUUAAAGGCAGAGAGCAGCAUCAUCCUCAACGGAACGGUGGUGGUCAGCACGACUCGCCUGCCCACUUCCUCCAGCGGAGACCAGUUUGGCAGCGAGGGCAACUGGGUGCGCUACAAGCUGUGUAUGUGUGCCGAUGGGACUCUCUUCAAAGUUCAAGUCACGGGCCAGAACAUGGGCUGCCAAAUUUCAGACAACCCCUGUGGAAACACUUACUAAACGAGCCCGAGGGUCACCAGCAUACUCAUAUCUAACUUGGCUUUGUUUCUGAAGAGUGCCGCACAGCAUGUUUUUACAGAGUUCGUUACAACUCAUCAUUAUUUGAUCUGCAGAGCAUUAUCAUAUAGUCUCCAUAUUUAAAAACUCUCAAGAGAGCCCAAAUUCUGACAGAUUUCUUUCAUUCUGAUAUAUAUAUAUAUAUAUAUAUAUAUAUAUAUAUAUAUAUAUUCAGUUGUGCUGAACUUCAAAUUAAAGUUCUCUAAAAUAAUUAUCAAAAACGAGUAAAACCAAAAUGAAUCUCUUUAAAGUGUUUCUAAAACACUGUUCCUUGUCCAAGGAUAAAGGGCUGAAGCAAUUAUUUAGACUCUGAAAGCUUCUCGUAACUGAAGGGGAGAGUGCCACGUAAAGUGACUGUCAACAGAUGAGACGACGCGCUCCGUCUUUUUUUCUUCUGAGAGACAGAUUUUAUUACAUUGCCUUUCAGCCAUAUUCUUCAUAUUCUUGCAAAUGAAGUCAUUAAAGAAAAUCACAUGUGAAAGAAGAAAAAACUAUUAUUCCUUAGUUUGCACAAAGAAGAAAAUAAUGCAACAUUUACUUGAAAUAAUGAUAAAUAGUAAGUGUUCAUAACGUGGCAGAAAUUGAAACAAUCUCAGCUGUAACUUUUAGUGAUCACAGCUGUCAUUUAUGGAGAAUCUUACACACCCUAGGCGUUGUGUAGAGUUGCAUGUCUAAUGUCUUUUACUCUCACCACAACUUUGUGAGUGGACAUUAUUAUCCCAGCUUACUCAUGAGGAUCGGAGAAUUUAAGAGGGUUAUCUAAUGUCUCCUAGGACAUCCAGAGUGGGGGUUGGGGCUCUGUGUGUCAAACCUAGAUGUAUCUGCUCAGAAUAUCACAUUCUUGUCAUUAUCUGAACUGAAGUUGUAAUUUUUUUAAACUCUAGAUCCAUGAACAAACACGAAUUUAAAUUUCUCUAAGCAGAGAAGUCGCAAAUAAUAAAUACUUAGUUAAAAAAAAUCUCGUAUCUCAAAAAUGACCUGUCACUGUCAAAUUUUAUGCUACGUUAUGCUCAUUCCAAAAUAUAAAGAGAUCAGAUUGCCCUGUGGAUUACUCCUACUUUCCCAGCCAGUUGGAUGGGCACUACGGGUGUCUGGGAAGUGACACUGGCCAGGGAGCGUACAUGGCCCCCCACAAGUGCAGAUGGCCCCGGGAAUGACCUAGGGCAUUCAUCCCAGUGGCCACACAGGUUUACUCCUUGGCAGGUGUCUCAUGCCUUGGGAAGAACCGGUAGCAGUGGACUAAAGCAUGCGCAUGCAGGGAAUGAUACAGGUAAUUCUUAAGGAAGAGAAUUGAUCUUGGCUCCCAGCAUCACCAUCAUCCCAGUGUAAUGAUUUAUAAUUUUCAUGCGAGAUGAUUUUUAAUGUAUUUGUUCUUUGACUUGAGUUCUGGCACUUGCAGACACGAAAGAUCAAGAACAGGGAUCUCAAAGUGUCCGUUGUAAAGCACAGCAGAGCUGAAUCACAAGCCCCACACUGCAUCCUCAGGACAGUAUUCUACGGAGUCACUUCGAACAGUGUGGAUAAGCAAAUCAAUACGAUAACAAUUUGCACUCGCAAAUCAAUAUGAUAACAAUUUGCACUCUAUAUUGUUACAGUUUUCUCUGAGAGAAAACGACCCUCAAAGCUGAGAGACUGCAAAUACUCUUCAAGUAUGCUACCAUAGCGAUUGACUUACUACCUUAUACUGAGAGUUUUUACAUAAAAAGAGAGGUGGAUUUAUGACCUUGUGAGUUUUGUUACUUGUAGUGAUAUUUAGCACCCGUUUGAAUAUAUUCAGGAUCAUUUAAUGGAAUUUUCAUUCCAUUAAUUAGCAUAUUUU